AUCCCCUUCCCCUCUCCCCCCCCCCCCCACCACCUCUUCUCUUCCUCCCCGGGAACCUGGUCUGUGGAUCCGGCGCAUACCGGUUCAUAUCAUUCCCACUCGUCACUGCCACUCCCGCUAUGCUUCGCCGCAAUGGCCUAAAGUACCUGUCGGAUUCCGCGUGAUCAGGCCCAGACCAUGGAUUUUAUCCUCUCUCUCACGCACUUCUGCGAAGUGCAUGGGCCUACCUCCAUUAUCUGCUCGCAGGUUCUUCCUUUCGCCUGCACACAAUGUCACCCCGAUACCGAGGCCUCGCCCGAUACUACCUCCCAUUCUCCGCGAGAGCCCAGGUCACCCAAAUCAUCGGGCACUACCUUUGAACCCGUGGCGUCGCGAUCACCGAAGAUCGAAGAUCACCCGUACUUUCUACGCUCCCAACAGUCCGCAUCUCCCGAAGACCGAACGCACCGGCUCAGCGCCACGGACGGUGACACAUGCGCCAGCUGUAGCUUGUCUCUCCCCGAAGGCGUCAGCAAGCAACUACCUUCGGGCGCCCCCGGUAGUCGUGACGCCAAUGGCAGCAGUAACGGCAGCCCGGUCCUGCGGUCGCGCGAAGUCGUCUACUCCUGCGGCAACAGCCACUCCGACGUGGACGAUGAUUCUCCAGACUCUCACGCCCACGCCUCUCCUCCCGAAUCUCUACGUUCCGCCUCCGUCGCAUCCGACUCAUCAUCAUCAUGUCACACCCAUAUCUUGACCUAUCUCUCCCUCCGCGGCCCCCCCAACCCGGCCGACUACGCCCUUCUCCGCCGCUCUUCCAUCCGCACUCUGAGCUGUGAGCUGCUGCCCCGCGGCCUGUCCUCCGGCCCUAUUUGCUUCGGCGACUCGGUGGCCGGCUACACGAUCGCCUACAUUUUCCGCCUCCCCGACCCCAUGGCACGCGGCAAGCGACGCAGUUACGCUUUAGUGGCGCUCGCCGGAAAGGAUGCCGGAAGAGCGUUCCGAGCCUGCCCCGUCAUUUGGCGCGCAUUCGGGCGCAUUGCCUCUGGAAUUGUGAGUGCGGCGGAGCGAUUCCAGGAAGAAGAAAAGAAGCGCGAUGAACGAAAUAGUGCUUCCGCGCAACCCGGUGAUCGUCAGUACACACCCGUCUCCUCGUUCUUGACCGGCCGGGCUAGGGACCCGGCCGGCCAGCCGAUUCGCCUGAGCCAAAUCCGGGCGCGCAACUUGGCAGAUAUCGUGGGCAACGAAUACAUUUUUACCGAGCUCCAUGCGCACUUUGUCGCGUUGCUCCAGCAACUGGGGACCAUGUUCGGUGGUGUCCCGAUCUCCGAAGACCGAUUCGUCUGCAGUACCGUCGGCGACGAGGAGGGUGCCACGACGACCCAACCCGUUCUCGUCUCCCAUGGCAGUGAGCGUUCCAAGAAACGCCAGUCAGUCUCCAAAUACGACGGGAAUGAUCUUGACAUGUCCAAACUCGAAAUUGCCUCCGGGCCCCAGCCUAUCCCCAUUACCACUACCCGCCGGUCCGUCGUGGCCUAACUGCGCUCUUCCCACCUGUUACAUCCAUACAUCCGUUUGAGAUACCCACCAGCACUGUUUUUCUUUCCCCAGCCGGAUACGCUUGACCUUGAUCUUUUCGCGCAACCACGUCGUUUUUGUUUCCAUAUUCAUUUCAAGCCGUUUGCUUUUUGAGCCAUAGCACCACUAUCGUGGAUCAUCUGUUUUUUUUUUUUUUUUUUUGUCAUCGUUUUGCAUAUCGCCUCCGGGCAUGUUUUUCCUAGGUUUCCUGUUUUUCUCAUGAUGUUUGUUGCGCAAGAUGGGAUACUGGGCAUAGACUAUGGCUUCUCACAGACACGGAUUGGAGUUUUCAAUUUCAUGGGACACUUUUGUUUUCACCGCAUUGCGAUUUGUCUUUUUUUCCCCCUCAAUCUUCUCUUGGACGGCCUCAUCUUCUCAUCAAGGCCCGUCGUUUUCUUCCCAUCGGCGAUAACUUUUAUUUCGAUUCUACCAUUCCGGCAGGCCUUUUGCCCACUCGGAUUCAUGAUCGGGGAUUUUUGAUGACAAUGAUCGCGAUGAGGGUUCUCGGAGGACAUGUACCAUAACUAUGUAUUUUUGGAUAAACACGAACGAUGAUAGCCUAAACAGGCGUGGAUUCUUG